CGUCUCACUGGAGAAGAUUUCCAGCCCCCUCCGGGCCACGGAGAGGCCUAAAUUUAGCUGGUAGACAAGAGGCUGGCCCCGAGCCCAGGGAUGGUCAGGCCUUAUAAAGCACCGGCAGUUGGGGUCCGGCACGCUCCCCGGAGCCUGCCGCCCGCACCCUCUCCCGUCCACCCUGCCCGCCUGGCCAGGGCCCGGCCGCCCACCCGUGGAUGAGCCACAGGACCUCCUCCACCUUCAGAGCGGAGAGAAGCUUCCAUUCCUCCUCGGCCUCCUCAGCCUCCCACGCCCUCCCGGCCCAGGACCCCCCGAUGGAGAAGGCCCUGAGCAUGUUCUCCGAGGAUUUCGGCAGCUUCAUGCGGCCCCGCUCGGAGCCCCUGGCCUUCCCAGGCAAGUGCUCUGGGAGGGGGAGAUGCACAGCCCGUUCCGGGGGACCGGGCAACAUCAAGACCCUCGGAGACGCCUAUGAGUUUGCAGUGGACGUGAGCGACUUCUCACCUGAAGACAUCAUCGUCACCACCUCCAACAACCACAUCGAGGUGCGGGCUGAGAAGCUGGCAGCGGAUGGCACCGUCAUGAACACCUUCGCUCACAAGUGCCAGCUGCCAGAGGACGUGGACCCCACAUCCGUGACCUCGGCUCUGAGGGAGGACGGCAGCCUCACCAUCCGGGCGCGACGCCACCCGCACACAGAGCACGUCCAGCAGACCUUCCGGACGGAGAUAAAAAUCUGAGGGCCUCCCUUCCCUGGCCCUUCCCCACCUUGUCCCCACUGGCCUGCCAGAGGUCUUCCUAACCCCCUCAUGACAGCCUCCAGGACAUCUCAGCCCAGACUCCAGGCUCUGACCCCCUGCAGACCCCAGGUGGGUCGUCCCCCCCAGUUAAGGUCUUCUGCUUUGCCCAAGGCAGCCCAGGGACCCCCCUUGCCUGACCCGUGGCCCCCAGAUUCCAGAUGUGCCCUCUUUCACUUAAUCCAGAAUAAAGGGAUUGGGAUGGGGAAAGGGCGAUCCCAGAGAAGCCACUUUGGGGAACGGAGAUUGGGAUAGCAGGAUCUCUGGGCAAAUAAUCUGCAGGACAGACAGACAGGCAAUUCCUUUGAUCUAUGGAGUCUCUGCAAGGUAGGGGCAGGGGGACCGGGGACCUGGGGCUCCUUGGCGAGGGGCGUGGGAAAGGCAGAGGGAAAUCGCAAGCAGAGGUGCCUGUCUCAGCUGAACUGCCCGGGGGCACAGGGAGGCCAGGAGACAGCUGGGAUGGAAAGUCUCCCCUCUGCCAUCUCCAACCCCCAGACCAGCUGCCAGGCCGCCGGCCCACCUGGUGCCCCCAGCCAGCCAGCUGUGCCAGGGCAGGGCCACCUUGCGUCUGUAUAUAUGGCGUUUUUCCAAUACAGCUGGCUCGUGAUAAACCGUGUGACGCUCCUGCUGUCUGUGACCUGCUCGUGCCCCCAGGCAAGGCUGACUGGGGUGGGGGGCUGGUCCUUCUCACCCCACCCAGAGGCCUGGGCUCCAGGGGGCUGCCUCCCGGGCAGACAGUCACCCAACAGGUGGGAGAAAGCGUUGGGGGGGGGGCUUUGGGACUUCAAAGAUGGACCCCAGCUUCUUGUCAACCUUCCCCUGUGGCCAGUGGCCUUUCCCAUCCUUUCCCCUUUAUGAAUCUAUAGGCUUGAUGUGUGCAUAGCCCCCCUACACACACGCAUGCACGCACACACGCACGCACACCUAUCACUGUCCUUCAGAUACUAAGUAUUACCAUUGGUUGAGGCCGAAUUCAGAACAUUCUAAAAUCAGA